AUGGACACUUUCGCGCUCUGGAAGCUGUUAUCUACUCAGAGAACUUCUGUCUGAAACCCAGGAGGCGGGGCGGCGGAGCGCAGCUUCUGACGUCACCCUCUUAUUAUCACUGGGAGCAGGCUUGACUUAGCACCCUUAUCUGAGACAGCCUGGAGGACAGCUGGCUAAAAGGUACCUGGAAGUCAAACAUGGGAUACUGGGAAAGGGAGAGACGAAAGCAACUUCUCAGUUUCUCCGAGGCUGACAGAGGCUCCUGAGAGAGACUUCAGAACUUCAUUCCAGCUGGCUCUUGAAGCUGUGCCUGGAAGGGGCCAGCCUCCGAGGGAUAAACAGUGCUGUCUCUAGCUCCUUGGGGUCAGGAGCAGUCUGUCCAGAAGGAAGUGCUGUUUCCUUGACCCCAGUGUUCCCACAGCCCCCUGGAUGGCAGAUCUUGGGGCUGUACCCUUCUCCACUCUUGGGAACUCAGUCAAGUGGUUAUCUUUAUCUCGCUAGUUGUCCACGUGUUUGGCCAGUACGGUUUCACUUUUGCAAACAUCUGUUUAUGUCCCUGGAGAGGAAAAUAUCAAGCAGCCUGCCCCAAGACCGCCGCGCCGCUGCUUUAGCUGUUUCAUUUCAAGCCGUGAGCAAGAUCCUAGCUCCUAGUAAGCGAAUCUCAUUUUAACCAAAAGAAAUGAAGUGACUGUAAUGUCCCCGCGUCCUUUUGUGCCUGGCAGAGCUGUCACAUUCCCAGCACAGACCCUGGGUGUUGUAGAUUAUUUUAAGGGCAGCCCGAGAUGGAUAAUUCCACGGUGGCCCCAGAGGACGACUAUGAUGUUUUCAUAAAGGAUGACCUGGACUGUUGUGUGACAGAGAAACCCCUCAUCCCCGAGCUUGUCUCCGCCCAGCAGGUACUACGGUUCUGCUGCGCUGUGUUUGCGGUGGGUCUCCUGGACAACGCCUUGGCUGCGUUUAUGCUGGUGCGAUACAAAGGACUCAAGAAUGUGGGGACCAUCUACCUUCUAAACCUGGCAGCUGCGAAUUUGUGUUUUCUGUUCCCCCUGCCGUUCUGGGCACACGCGGCUGCCCUUGGGGAAAGCCCUGGCAAUGGGACUUGUAGCGUUCUUGUUGGCCUCCAUUCCACAGGCUUAUACAGCGAGACGUUUUUCAACAUCCUUCUCCUCGUGCAAGGGUACAAGGUGUUUUCCCAGGGGAGGCUGGCCUCCACCCUCACAUCGGUGCCUGGUAGUGUUGUUACAAGUAUCCUGGCAUGGGUCAUAGCUAUUGCACUCUCUUUGCCUGAAUCUGUGCUCUAUCGGCCUCAGAGGGAAAGAGAGAAACCCAAGUGUGCCUUUGGCAAACCUCACUUUUUGCCAAUUGAAGAGCCAUUCUGGAAGCAUUUUCUGACUUUAAAGAUGAACAUUUUGGUUCUUGGUUUUCCUCUGUUGGUGUUUAUUUUCUGCUGUGGGCAAAUGAGGAAAACGCAGACCACCAGGGAGAGGCAGAACGAUCUUCGAAAGCUUGCGCUCGUCAUAACGGGUGUGUUCCUUUGGAUGUGGGCACCGUACUGUGUUGUGCUUUUCCUGUUCGAGUUCCGGGAACACUCGUCCCUGCAGGAUGAGAACAGCUACCACCUGGAAGCAAGCAUUCAGGUCACACAGCUCAUUGCCACCGCCCACUGCUGUGUUAACCCUCUCAUUUGCUUGCUUCUUAACAAGGCUUUCACGAAAUAUCUCUGCAGCCUGUUCCCGAGGUGCAAUGAUGCCCCGUUUCAAAGGCACGGGAACUCUCAGCGAGCUACGCCAAGGAGUGGUCAUGACCAGACAAUUGAACUCUACCAUAGUGUGCCUCAGAGGCAGGAUACAUAAACAUCGAUAUUCCUGUCUCUUUGGAUUAUUUUAUGGAAUUUUUACAUGUUUGUACAAAAAUAGAAUAUAAGAAGAAAGAGGACUGGUUAAUAAAUAUUUAUUUGUAACUAUUGGGUUU